AUGGCAAUGGUACGCUACAGUAUUCUGGCAGCUAUCGUGUUGGUUGGAGUCGAUGGAUGUCGGCUGGACCCCAACUUACUGGUCGAUGAUUAUUUUAGUAAGUCGAGCUCGUUUUUGAAGGAAGGGGGUAGAUUUAGCAUCCGGGUUAGAGCUGAGCUUUUCUGCCUGCAGGCUUGGCCCGUAAUCUGGGUUGUACAUAAGGAAAGGCACAGAAAACCGUCGAUACUUUGCCCUGUGGCUGAAUUUUUAGAAUAGGGCAAGACAGCUAUAAAAAAUAAAAAUUUUUGGGCGUGGUAAAGUUUUAAGCACAGUUUCGUUUUAGGUACACCUGAGAAAUGGGCCGGGCCUAUUUUGCAAUCCCGGCUUGACUCAAAUUUUGGUAAAAGCCGACUCGGCUCGUUCAUCAUGGCUAUUUAUAGGCAUGGUGAAGAUUUAGGGCAGAGAUAUGAAUAGGAAAAGCAGUAGUAGUAGUGCAGAGUAGGGUAGGGUAGGGUAGGGUAGGGUAGGGUAGAGUAGGGUAGGAUAGGGUAGGGUAGGGUAGGGUAGGGUAGGGUAGGGUAGGGUAGGGUAGAGUAGGGUAGGGUAGGGUAGGGUAGGGUAGAGUAGGGUAGGGUAGGGUAGGGUAGGGUAGGGUAGGGUAGCGUAGGGUAGGGUAGGGUAGGGUAGGGUAGGGUAGGGUAGGGUAGGAUAGGGUAGGGUAGGGUAGGGUAGGGGUAGGGUAGGGUAGGGUAGGGUAGGGUAGGGUAGGGUAGGGUAGGGUAGGGUAGGGUAGGGUAGGGUAGGGUAGGGUAGGGUACGGUACUUUACUGUAAUCAUCAAUCAAAUGUUAUUUCAGCACACUUAGAAAAUGCGAGUAUGGAAUUGAACGUGCCUGACUUGUACGAACAACUAAUAUCAGCUUCAGUCGAAUUCAACACUUCUACUGAUCCUACAGAACUAGGAGAAUUGAUGUUUCACAACUGGUACAUGUUUGAAAAGGUUUACAGAAGUGCAUUGGACAAGGGAGGAUUGGACAGCAAUUUAAUCGACUUUGCUGUUACUGUAAGUGUAUAUGCCAUAUAAAACCUAAUUUUUAAUAAAUUUUGUCUUUUUUUGUUUUGUAAAGAAAGUUCUUGCUAUUUCAUGUUUUGUAAAGAAAGUUCUUGCCAUUUUUUGAUUUGUAAAGAAAGUUCCUGCUAUUUUUUUCAAAAUUUCUCAAUUUAAUGUGUCUUAUAGGAAGCCAGACUAUAUUGCCUAGUCCGUUCAGCCCAGCCACAAGACAAAAUCGACAAAAAGCAGAAAGAUCUCUCAAUCAGCUACAAAAUCCUGAACGAAGAUGAGAGGGCGGUGGUCGAAAAGGCAUUACCCAAUGCUUCUGAACUGGUUUCUUCUUCCGAAAAUUGGAGGAAAUAG